CAAAAAAUAAAUCACUUUUCGUUGACUCGUCACUUCCGCUCACGCUGACUCUUGCUUGCAUCAUUUCUUGUUUUUCCGUAGGCAGCCGUGGGCAGACAACAUACGCCAUGGUGGAGCCAGUCCCUGAGUCCAUCAACUUUCCCUCAGAGGAGGAGAAGAUCCUGCAAUUCUGGCAAAAGAAGGACUGCUUCCAGGAAUGCCUCAAACAGUCCAAGAACAGGCCCAAGUACACCUUCUACGAUGGCCCUCCUUUUGCCACUGGUCUACCCCACUAUGGGCACAUCCUGGCCGGCACCAUAAAGGACAUCGUGACUCGCUUUGCUCAUCAGAGCGGCUUCCAUGUGGACCGGCGGUUUGGCUGGGACUGUCACGGCCUGCCUGUGGAGUAUGAGAUUGAUAAGACUUUGGGGAUCAAAGGGCCCGAUGAUGUGGCCAAGAUGGGCAUUGCAGAGUACAACAAGCAGUGCAGAAACAUUGUCAUGAGAUACUCAAACGAGUGGGAGAGUUCAGUGACACGAAUGGGAAGGUGGAUUGACUUUAGGAACGACUACAAGACUCUCUACCCAUGGUUCAUGGAGACGGUCUGGUGGGUGUUCAAACAGUUGUACGACAAGGGUUUGGUCUACCGUGGAGUCAAAGUCAUGCCGUUCUCAACCGCCUGCAACACCCCCCUGUCCAACUUUGAGUCCAACCAGAACUACAAGGACGUUCAGGACCCGUCUGUGAUUGUCAACUUCCCGCUGGUGGGGAAUGAAGAUGUGGCUUUGAUUGCCUGGACGACCACACCGUGGACACUGCCAAGCAACCUGGCCCUCUGUGUUAACCCAGAGUUCCUAUAUGUCAAGGUCAAAGAUAACGCCACAGAGAAGACCUACAUUUUGAUGGAGGCCAGGCUGGGAGCUCUGUUUAAGACCGAGAGCGAGUACACUGUACUAGACAAAUUUCCUGGCAAGGCACUGAAGGGGAAGAAAUACAAGCCUCUUUUCGAGUACUUUGCUGAGUGUGGGGAGAAAGGAGCCUUCCAGGUGGUGAUGGAUAACUACGUCAAGGAGGAAGAGGGCACAGGAGUGGUCCACCAGGCACCUUACUUUGGAACUGAUGAUUACAGAGUGUGCACCGAAUACAAGAUCAUCCAGAGGGACCAGGCGCCUAUCUGCCCUGUGGACGCCUCGGGCUGCUUCACUUCAGAGGUCACUGACUUUGUGGGACAGUAUGUCAAAGAUGCCGACAAAAACAUCAUCAAGUGGCUGAAGGAGAAGGGUCGCCUGGUCAAUGCCAGCAGUUUCAAACAUAGUUACCCUUUCUGCUGGAGGUCUGACACGCCUCUGAUCUACAAAGCUGUACCCAGCUGGUUUGUUCGAGUGGAGCACAUGGUGGAGAAACUACUGGAAAACAACACCAAAUGCUACUGGGUUCCAGAGUUUGUGCGGGAGAGGCGCUUCGGGAACUGGCUAAGAGACGCACGGGACUGGGCGAUUUCCAGGAACCGCUACUGGGGCACGCCGAUCCCUCUCUGGGUCAGCGACGACUUUGAGGAGGUGGUGUGCGUCGGGUCCAUAGCUGAACUGGAGGAACUGACCGGAGUCAAAGUAACUGACCUGCAUCGGGAGAGCAUCGACGGUCUGACCAUCCCAUCGCGGUGCGGUAAGGGCGUCCUGCGGAGGAUCACUGAGGUGUUUGACUGUUGGUUUGAGAGCGGCAGCAUGCCGUACGCCCAGGCCCACUACCCCUUUGAAAACAGGAAGGAGUUUGAGGACACCUUUCCCGCUGACUUCAUCGCUGAGGGCAUUGACCAGACGAGGGGAUGGUUCUACACCUUGCUGGUCCUCUCCACAGCGCUGUUUGGAAGGCCGCCUUUCAAGAAUGUCAUUGUUAAUGGAUUGGUACUUGCUAGCGAUGGACAGAAGAUGAGCAAGCGCAAGAAGAACUACCCGGAUCCAGGACUGGUAGUGCAGCAAUAUGGAGCUGAUGCCCUCAGACUCUACCUCAUCAACUCCCCUGUGGUGAGAGCAGAGAACCUGCGUUUCAAAGAGGAGGGUGUGCGAGACGUGUUGAAGGAUGUCUUCCUGCCUUGGUAUAAUGCCUAUCGCUUCCUGGUACAGAACGUACAAAGGUUACAGAAGGAGGACAGGAUUCAGUUCAUGUACAACGAAAACACGGCGAAGCAGAGUGACAACAUCAUGGACAAAUGGAUUCAGUCCUUCACGCAGUCCCUCAUCCAGUUCUUCAAGGCAGAGAUGGACGCUUACCACCUGUACACCGUCGUGCCUCGCCUGGUCAAGUUUGUGGACAUGCUCACCAACUGGUAUGUGAGGACCAACAGGCGCCGUCUCAAGGGAGAGAGUGGCACUGAGGACUGCCUGUGGGCGCUGGAAACCCUCUUCAGUGUUCUGUUCUCCAUGUGCAGGCUGAUGGCUCCGUUUACACCCUUCAUUACAGAGACGAUGUACCAAAAUCUUCGUCACCUCAUCGAUCCCGCCUCUGUCGAAGAGAAGGACAGCGGCAGCAUCCAUUAUCUCAUGCUGCCCCAAGUCAGGGAGAGUGUGAUUGACAAGCGCAUUGAGAGCGCCGUCUGCCAGAUGCAGUCUGUGAUCGAGCUGGGCCGAGUGAUCCGAGACCGGAAGACUCUGCCCGUUAAGUACCCACUGAAGGAGGUGGUAGUUAUUCACCAGGACCCAGAAGCUCUGAAAGACAUUCAGUCUCUGCAGAAAUACAUCCUGGAAGAGCUUAACGUGCGACGGUUGACACUCUCAACCGACAAAGACAAGUACGGCAUCCGUCUGAGAGCCGAACCGGACCACAUGGUGCUGGGCAAGAGACUCAAGGGGGCCUUCAAGGCCAUCACCGCUUCCAUCAAGGAGCUCACCAGUGAACAGCUAGAGGUCUUCCAGAAGACAGGAUCCAUCAAAGUGGACGGCCAUGAGCUUCACGAGGAGGACCUGAGACUGAUGUACACCUUCGACCAGAGCUCUGGCUCUGCAGCGCAGUACGAGGCGCACUCUGACGCACAGGUCCUUGUCCUGUUGGAUGUCUCCCCGGACCAGUCCAUGAUGGAUGAAGGCGUUGCCAGAGAGGUCAUCAACCGCAUUCAGAAACUACGCAAGAAGGGUCAUUUGGUGCCAUCAGAUGAGAUAACUGUGUACUACCGCUGCCAGCCGGAGGGGCAGUACUUGGGCUCAGUGAUCCAGGCUCACACUGACUUCAUCCUGGCCACCACCAAGGCUCCACUGCUGUCCUUCCCCAUCCCCAAGCCCUCCAACGUCAUCAUCGAGGAAAAGACUCAGCUGAAGGGUUCAGACUUGGAGUUGGCCAUAGUAAAAGGAUCUUCGGCCCCGCACGCCCUUUUAAAUGGGCCGGCUUGCACCUUUGUGAAUGUCAGGGCGAAGGUCAACAACAAAGAACAAGAGGGGGUGGUGCUGUUGGAGAACCCGAAAGGCGACAACAGACUUAACUUGGACAAGCUGAAGAAAGUGUGCAGCAGCAUCUUUGGAACCAAUAACACCCAACUCCGAUUGUUCAAUAGCACUUCUGAGUUGACCAGUACAAUGGACCUUCAGGCUUUGAGCGGAAAAACGUUGUCAGUGACUUCAGGCGCUUCCUCCCCUGGCCCAGCCCCCACCUCAGAUACCCUCCUCUGUCCUUACGUUAACCUACUGCUUUGCAACGCACAACCAGCUGAAUGCCUGACAGGCGAGGUGGCCACCCUGCUGCUGCAGAACCCAGUGGGUCAGAAUGGGCUCCAGUACUCGGGUCUGCUGUCUGAGGCGGCCAAGGUGUUCGGGCUCCGCAGCAGGAGGCUCCAGCUCUACCUGGACCAGGACCUCACCCAGGAGCUGCCGGCUGAUUCAUCGGUAAAAUCUCUAGACACCAAAACCUUGUUUGUGCGAGUUCGUCCAACAACUGCCGAGGCCUAAAUCCAGAGACGCCAUCUGUAGGAACAUUUGUCUUAGACGUUACCUGAAUGAGGUUUUUUACCAGAUAAAUUCCAACUAUAGCCCCUUUGAGUAAGUUAUUUGUUUUCAAAAUCCUGAUGCAGAGCAGUUUUGUCUGUCAAGUUCAAAGUUUUAAUUUUAUUGAGUCACUAUUUCCUAUGUCCUCAUACGACUUAAGGCACAAAACCCUGUCUUGAUAUUUUAAUUUGUUUGAAUGGAAUUCAAGAUAUGAUGUUGGGUCUAACUAAUCAUUACAUUUACAAGACUGUUCUUUCCCUUGCAAGAGAUACACAUUCCUUUUACACUAGAAAGUGGAUGCACGUUUUGUCUCUGUUAUACAUAGGAUGAAAAUGAUGCAAGAAACUUCUUUUAAAGGAAUAUUUUAUAAGAGCUUUGUCCAGAAUAAUAAUGCUAGCCCUCAUCAUCGCCGUUUACAUAUAAUCUAGAGUUCAACAGAUGAAUCUGCUCUGCUCCGUUGUAUUAGGGAUCCUUCAACAAUUGUACAGGCAUUUGUGAAAUGAAUUGACUUUUUGGGCUUUUUGGGUUCUCAAUUAAAAAGAGCAACGAAUGGAUAAUGUACUAUUUUAAGUGACAAAUAAAAUAUACCAAGGGUGUAUCAACAUUAUUUUUCUCCUCACUAAACCUUUGGAUGAUAACAAUUAGCACCUUAAAAGGACACCUGAUUAAUGUAGAAGGAUUUCCUACAUCAGUAUUUAGUAUUUGUUAUAUUUUUCUGAUCACACUGCCUCAAACAAGCCGCCCAGCUGUCACCCAUCAAUCUUCUGCUCCUGUGGCUAAAAAUACGAAACGACCAGGUGACCAUUUUCUAUUUUUGAGACAUUUUACUUUAUGGUUGCUGUUUUAUACGAUAGUGUCAUUAUUAUGCAUGCUGCUGUGUGUAGUUUCAGAUUUAAGUUAUGAAAAGCUUUUCUGUUCCCGCAGCACUGUGGACAUUAUUAAACGGAGUCACUUGUACUUUCUAAACCGUCAACAAACCCUUUGACUGCACACAAUAAUACAGAUGCAUGGUA